UGCCUCAUACGAAAGUGCAAGAGAAGUUGAGGAUAAGUUACGACGCACUAGAUCCCGAUAACCAAUAGAUAUUUUUGGAUAUUGCGUGUUUUUUUAUCGGAUCAUCUAAACAACAUCUGACUUAUAUGUGGGAUGCUUGUGGUUUUUUCCCCGGGAAGGGGAUAGAAGUGUUGAGUCUUUUGUCCCUCAUAAAAAUUGACAAAGGCGGCAAUCUCUUGAUGCAUGAUCAACUGAGGGAUCUUGGAAGAGAAAUUAUUCGUCUAGAAAAUCAAAAGGAGCCGCAAAAUCGUAGUAGAUUAUGGACUUAUGAAGAAGCUGCAGAAGUGCUUGGCAGCAACAAGGUGGCUCCGGUGGAAGAAUUGUUCCUCAGAUUUUACAGCGGACAAUUUUUAUCCGAAGCGAUUAGUUGUGCUCGAUCUGUCGUGCAGCGAGAUUUCGGAGGAUUGGGGAGGAUGGGAUCCACUCAAGUUCACUUAAAGCGUCCCAGGAUUCCUCCUGCCAACAACUCAGACAUGAGCUACCGAACAGCAGAUUCUGAACAUGUUUUGAAGAGAUCAAGGCCUUUUGCAAUCUCAGAAGAAAACAAUGAGAGCAUGGCCGAUGUGAAGCACAGAAUUGCAGAUGAGUCUGGAAACAAAUCAUGGAUUAGGAAACUGACAGAAAUCAAUGAACCAUGGCAAUGCCGGUCCUUAAGGCUGCCUGAUAACACGACGGCUGCGAGGGUCUCGAGAUUAACCUAUACAAACUCAGGUUGUGCCAUUCUGGCUUUAACAUCGAACGCUGAACACAAGCUCUGGAAAUGGCAACAAAGUGAUGGGAACUCAACAGUCAGGGCUACAACUAGUGUAGUACCACAGUUAUGGCGACCUCCUGGUGGGAAUUUGCUGACCAAUGACACAAGGAAUACAAAUCCUGAAGAGGCAGUUCCGUGCUUUGCACUGUCAAAGAAUGAUUGUUAUCUAAUAUCAACAUCAGGGGGCAAGAUCUCUUUGUUCAAUAUUGUGAAUUUUAAGACGAUGCAUACAUUUAUGCCUCCAUCACCAGCAUCGAUAUUUCUGGCGACCAAUCCACCAGACAAUGACAUUAUCACAAUAGGAAUGGAGGAUUCCACUAUUCAAAUUUACAGUGGUCAAGUUGAUGAGGUCCAGACAAAACUAAAAGGACGUCAAAGAAUAAUUAAAGGCUUUAACUUCUCAACUGUCUUAAAUGUUCUUUGGUCUUCUAGCGCUGAUUCUCAGAUGAUGACAACAUUUAUGCCCCCACCACCAGCAGCACCAUUUGUGCCCCCACCACCGGCAGCAACUUUUCUGGCGUUCCAUCCUCAAGACAAUAACGUUAUUGCAAUUGGAAUGGAGGACUCCUCUAUUCUAAUUUACAAUGUUCGAGUUGGUGAGGUCAAGAAAAAACUAGAAGGACAUGAGAAAAGAAUUACAGGCCUUGCCUUCUCUAACGUCUUAAACAUUCUCGUGUCUUCUGGCGCUGACUCUCAGUUGUGUGCUUGGAGCAUUGACGGAUGGGAGAAGCAGGCUAGUAGGUUUCUGCAGAUGCCGACUGGGCGAGUAGCAGCUCCUCUUGCUGAUACUCGUGUUCAAUUUCACGUGGAUCAGAUACGUCUGCUGGUGGUUCAAGAAAAGCAGGUCGCCAUAUAUGAAGCUCCUAAACUAGAAUGCCUCCAGCAGUGGGUUACUCGAGAAGCUAGCGGUCCAAUCACAGAUGCUACAUAUUCUUGCAAUGGUCGAUCAAUAUAUGUGAGCUUCAAAGAUGGAAGUAUCGGUGUUCUUACUGCUUCUGCACUCAGUUUGAGAUGUCGUAUAAAUCCUGCUGCUUACAUCCCUCCAAACCCCAGCUUGAGAGUCUACCCCUUAGCCAUUGCAGCACAUCCAUUUGAACCAAACCAGUUUGCACUAGGGCUUACUGAUGGUAGCGUCUAUGUGCUCGAGCCUUUGGAAUCUGAAGGAGAGUGGAGUAGUUCUCCUCCUGUUGAAAAUGGUGCUGGGUCUAGCACAUCCUCUGUCGCUACCAGUUCAGAUCAACCGCAUUUGCCCACAGCCGGCGAGGCUGGCCACGCCCAAAUCUGGGCAAGGCGACUUCGUCCGCGGCUGCCACCACCUUGUGAUCUGGGCACGGAGGUUUUGGAGAGGCUGAGCAAGGGCCGCAACUCUCGACAGCGGCAGGGGAGCUCCGGUGACCUCACGGGCCACAGUAAAAAGAAGAAAAGAAGAGCCCACGAUCUUCGCUCCUUCGACAGCCAUUCUCGACUUAUUUUCAAGGAAGAACGUGAGAUUAGGGUGUUGCAUAUUCGCGAUGGAGGCACUGGCAGGGAUCUGAUUUCAGUUAGCAAGCUAAAAGGACCAGAGGAACAGGAUUUAGUUUUCUUAGGUAUUCUUUUUAGCUUGGUUGAGCAGCAGCAUUUGUUGACACUUAGCAGGUUCUCCUUUCUGUCUUUUGGAAUUAAGUUCCAUCUUUUUGAGGAUGCAGUUAAACACUACAUCAUCCGGGACAGAAAAUCGGUUAUUUCACAAGCUUUAAUGGCUUGCUUGAUGACUUGA